UACUCAGAGCCAGCAGUACGGAGUGUUGGCUCUGACUCUGACGACCCAUGGGACUGGGGGAAGUUUCGUUUUCGCCUGUUCAGCUCGCAGUAGCUUUCGUUUCCCCUGCAGCGGCUCGCGCAGUGAAACGCAGACUGGAAGCGGAUAAAAACGCGUCGGGCAGCAGAUGGCACGGCGCGUCAUGCCUCUCCUCGGCCGAUGGCCCUCGCGUGUGUUUUCAGUGGAGCUGGAUGGAGCACCCUGCUACUUCUCCAUCCAAGAGAAGCACCGGGGAGAAGAGGCGCCGCGGCUGUUCGCAAAGGUCCGAGAGCGCGACAGGUGUUUCUCACUGCUCGUGUGCGCCGGCGACGCGAUCAGACGAGCCAAGUUUUACGCGGAGCUGAAAGAGACGCUGUUGAGAGACUUGCCUCCGGGGUGUGAUGUGUCUCCCAUGUCGUCGUUUCUGCCUAAUGUCAGGGACUCUCUCAUCAAGGGUUUCUUUUUAAAAGAUAGCUCAGACAGUCCAUCCAAGUCGGAAGGACUCCUGCGGGAUUUAAUAAGGCAUGAUCCGGUGCUUGUGUGUUCAUACCUGAGGGGUGAGGACGGCCAGCUGUGGACUCAGCAUCUGUGGUCUCACGCAGACGGCCAAACGAUGGACAUGUCAAAGGAGUACUAUGUGGUGCCCUCAGAAGCGCCAGAAUAUCACCCAUCUACUCUCAACAUCAUCAACUCUGAUGUUUUCUACAGUUUUGAGGAGGCUUAUGAAGUUCUGAAAAAGUGCGGUGACAUCAUCCCAGAGGCGACGUCUGUUAUGGAGCUGCUGCCCAGCAGAGCGCCGGCCAGAAGGAAACCAGACUUCCCUGUUAUUGUCGUAGAGGGCCUGGAUGCCACAGGUAAAACCACUCUGACAGAGUCACUGAGGGAUACUCUGGGGGCCGCUCUUCUGCGGUCCCCUCCCCAGUGCCUGUCCCCCUUGAGGGCCCGCUUUGAUCAGGAGCCGCCCCUCAUCCGCAGGGCCUUCUACGCUCUGGGGAACUACAUCACAGCAGAGCAAGUAGGCCAGGAGGCCUCGAAGACACCUGUCAUCGUUGACAGGUUCUGGCACAGCACAGCAGCUUAUGCCAUCGCCACAGCAGUCAGCGGUCCAAUGUGCAACCUUCCAGCAGAGGGUUCGGAGGUUUACCGCUGGCCCAGUGACCUGCUCCAGCCCAGCCUGGUGGUCUUACUCACCCUGGACCCUGAGGAGAGGAAGAGGCGGCUGAGGGACAGAGGUCAAGGAAAGACUGAAGAGGAGCAAGAGCUGGACCACAACCAGCUUUUCAGACUUAAAGUGGAGGAGGCUUACCGGAGGAUCAACGGCCCAGCUUGCGUCACGGUGGAUGCAAGUCCUUCUGCAGACCAAGUGCUCCAACAAGUGCAGCUUUUAAUUAGGGGCAAAUGCCACUUGUAAGCAGUUCUCCAUCUCCCCCCGCUGUCGGCCAAGCAUCAAGUGGAUGCAGUACCUCCUCGCACCACUGGGUGCCAGUAAGGUGUUGUGAAUGUGAUAGUAGGAGGGACGGUGGCCAGAUUGGAGUGUGGAGGAGAGAUUCUCCUCAGAAUGAGUAAAGGUUGAAUGGCUUGGGGCCAGAGCUGCAUGCUACAAUCAGAAAUACAUAUUCAUGUCGACACACACAUGCACACGCAGAUUCUGACACACACACAAGUAUUGUCAAAAGGAAGUGUGCAUUUAACUGCUGUUGUGACCUCUCAGAAAUCAGACGCAGUGUAGCCCUUCAGACGCUGUGCAGCUGCACUUAUUGACAACCACUCGCAUUUGGGCCGACACUGAGGAAGUGGAUAGAAACAUUUGUAUAAGAACUGGUCAAUUAACCUAGACACGCAAACAUCUCAAAAUACACAACUGACCUGCAAGAAUGCAAACACUGGAAGUAAUGAUAGGAUUCAAUUUUCAUUCAGAUAAAAUACUUUUAAUUUGUCAUGAAUGUGCUUCAAAUUAAAAGAAAAUGACAAGAAAUAUCUGUUUGG